AUGCCUGAAACGGUUGAGGAAGACGCAGACGAAGAUGAACCACUACCACAAGCGCCAAGAACCACAGCGCCUGAUCGAACGCUCAAGGAUUUCCUCAAAAUUCUAGACACCCAUGCACCGAUCAUUCCUGACGCAGUGACAGAUUAUUACCUGAGCCAAGCUGGCUUUGAGUGCGAUGACCCACGCGUCAAACGCCUCCUCGCCCUGGCCGCACAAAAGUUUGUGUCUGAUAUUGCACAAGAUGCGUAUCAACACAGCAAGAUCAGAUCGAGCGGGACAACGGGUGACCGCGGCAGGGCAGUCUUGACGAUGGAUGACCUUGGCGCUGCCGUGCAAGAAUAUGGCAUUAAUAUCAAAAGACAGGAUUUCAUGCGGUGA